CAAACCCUCAAUUCCAAACACACCGCAUCCAAAUCCAUUCCUCUUUAUCUUUUGCUUAGCCAAAUUACCAGAACCCUCUCGUUUUCCAAGCCGAUCUCUUUUUCUCCGAAAUGGCACGGACAAAGCAAACCGCUCGCAAGUCCACCGGAGGAAAAGCUCCGAGGAAGCAACUGGCAACUAAGGCCGCCAGGAAGUCGGCUCCGGCCACCGGAGGAGUGAAGAAGCCCCACCGUUUCAGGCCCGGAACGGUGGCUCUGAGGGAAAUCAGGAAGUACCAGAAGAGCACUGAGUUGCUGAUCCGCAAACUUCCAUUCCAGAGGCUGGUGAGGGAAAUCGCUCAGGAUUUCAAGACCGAUCUUCGUUUCCAGAGCAGUGCAGUCGCGGCUCUUCAGGAGGCUGCCGAGGCUUACUUGGUCGGUCUGUUCGAGGAUACUAACCUCUGCGCGAUUCAUGCCAAGAGGGUCACGAUCAUGCCGAAGGAUAUCCAGCUUGCUCGUAGAAUUAGGGGCGAGAGGGCUAAUGUCCCCCAAACCCUUCAUUGGUCAUUCCAAUCCAAUCCACUUUCAGCUUUUUCGCAGCCAAAUUACCAAAAUCCCUUCGUCUUUCACAGCAAUCUCCUUUUUCCCAAAAUGGCACGGACAAAGCAAACCGCUCGCAAGUCUACCGGAGGCAAGGCUCCGAGGAAGCAGCUGGCAACUAAGGCCGCCAGGAAGUCGGCUCCAGCCACCGGAGGAGUGAAGAAGCCUCAUCGUUUCAGGCCCGGAACUGUGGCUCUGAGAGAAAUCAGGAAGUACCAGAAGAGCACCGAGUUGCUGAUCCGCAAGCUUCCAUUCCAGAGGCUGGUGAGAGAAAUCGCUCAGGAUUUCAAGACCGAUCUUCGUUUCCAGAGCAGCGCCGUUGCGGCUCUUCAGGAGGCUGCCGAGGCAUACUUGGUUGGUCUGUUCGAGGAUACAAACCUCUGCGCUAUUCACGCUAAGAGGGUUACAAUUAUGCCCAAGGAUAUUCAGCUCGCUCGUAGGAUUAGGGGCGAGAGGGCUUAGAUCCAAAAAUUGACACCUCUUUAAAUAUAGUAGUAAAGUUUCAAUCUCUCUGUUUUUUGUGUUUGGAAAAUUCUAAAACUAGAUCUUGCUCUUUUCCUCUGGUUUAUCAAUGUUUUAGCUAUGGGGAUGUAAAAUUGUUGAAAAUCUAAUAGCUAAUUGGAUUUCGCUUUCUAUUA